AUGAUAUCCGCACAAUCAUUCAGGAUGGCCAUACAAGAAGCAGCAGAAGAUAGCCUCAACAUCACAGUCAAUGUUAUAUGUGGUAAAGGGGAAUUCAGUUAUAUUGCCCAUACGGAUAACUUCUGCCAAAGUUCAAAAGAUGAUAUUACUUGCUAUGUUUUCCAGCCGUUGUAA